AUGCGGCUACGUUACCAUCCCUACAGCCCCCUUAUCCUCUUCGGACUCGCCGCUGCUCGCUCCCUGGCCGACUCUACUGCGUCCACGCUAGAUGGUGCGGACACGACCCAUACUCACAGAAAGGGGGGGCCAGAUGCCGCAAAGGCUCGGGCCGUCAAAGACGCUUACUUGAUUUCGUGGAACGGGUACUACGACCAUGCCUUCCCCGACGACACCCUCCAGCCCGUCACCAACGGGUCGGUCAACGACAGGAGCAGCUGGGGGGUGACGGCGGUGGACUCGCUCAGCGCGGCCAUCAUCUUCCAGGACGCCGAGAGCGUGAACCAGAUCUUGGAAUUCAUUCCGACCAUCGACUUUACCACCACUCGGCGGUCCGAGUUCUUCUCGCUCUUCGAAACCAACAUUCGAUACGUUGGUGGACUUCUUUCUGCCUACGACCUCCUGAGCCUACCCCAGUACCGCAACCUCCCCGAAAACAAGACCCACGUAGAGACCCUCCUCAAACAGGCCGUCUCGCUCGGCAACGCCCUCAAGUUCGCCUUCGACACCCCCAGCGGCGUUCCGGACCCCUCUAUCCAGCUGAACCCGGCGCCCAGGCGAAGCGGUGCCCUCACCAACAACAUCGCCGAGGCCGGAACCCUGGUCUUGGAAUGGACCCGCCUCAGCGAUCUCACCGGCGACCCAUCCUACGCGGCCCUGGCGCAAAAGGCAGAGUCCUACAUCCUGCACCCCGCGCCGCCGAGUGCGGAGCCGUUCCCCGGACUGGUGGGUACGCAUCUCCGAAUCGCGGACGGGAGGUUCACGGAUACUUCGGGGGGUUGGUCGGGCCUCACGGACAGCUUCUACGAGUACCUCAUCAAGAUGUACCUGUACGACCCCGAUCAGUUCGCUUUCUACAAGGAGAGGUGGAUGGCCGCUGCGGACUCCACGAUGAGGUACUUGGUUUCCCACCCGUCCACUCGGCAGGAUAUUACUUUCCUUUCCUUGUACAGAGGGACCACGACGAUUCCGGUAUCGACGCACUUGGCCAGCUUCGCCGGCGGCAACUUCAUCCUAGGCGGGCUCCUCCUCAACGAAACGAAAUACGUCGAUUUCGGCCUCCGGCUCGCCGAGUCGUACUACCAGACCUACCGCGGAACCGCCACGGGCAUCGGCCCGGAAGCGUUCCGCUGGUUCGACAACGCGAAGCCCCCGAGCGGGGACAACACCCCGCCGCCCACGGCCGAGGACGCGGCGUCCUACGCGAGCGCCGGGUUCUGGGCGACGGCGAGGCAGUACAUCCUCCGGCCCGAGACGGUCGAGUCGCUGUACCACGCGUACCGUGCCACGGGCGACGCGAAGUACCAGGAUAUGGCGUGGCGGGCUUUCCGGGACGUCGCGAGGGCGGCGCGCGUCGGUGGUGCGUAUGCUGGGCUGGCGGAUGUGACGGGGGCGGAUGGCGGCCGUUUUCUGGAUAGGAUGGAGAGUUUCUGGAUUACGGAGACGUUGAAGUAUCUGUAUCUUCUCUUUACUGAGGAUUCGGAGAUUCAGGUUCAGGCUGGUAGGCCGAAUAUGUGGGUGUAUGGCACUGAGGCACAACCUUAUCGGAUUCGGAGUAACAGGUAA